AUGGCAGCGGGUCACGCUGUACUUCAGGCUGUUGUGGACCACAAUUUCUGUUUUACAGAUAUAUAUGUGGGCUGGCCUGGACGCACGCAUGAUGCUCGUGUUCUAUCCAAUUCUCCCAUCUUCAAAAUGGCAGAAGAACAAGGCGGAUACCUGUUUCCUCAUGAGAACUCCAUGUCAGUGAACGGGGUCGAUGUUCCUGUCCAUUUAAUUGGUGAUGCUGCAUAUCCUCUCAAGAACUGGCUUAUGAAGGGUUUCACAAACCACAAUACGCUAACCCCUCAACAACGUCAUUAUAACUAUCGACUGAGUUCAGCACGGAUGGUUGUGGAGAAUGCCUUUGGUCGCCUUAAAGGUCGUUGGAGGUGCUUGCUAAAGCGCAAUGAUGUCGACACUGUUUUGAUGUCGGAUGUUGUUGCUGUGUGUUGUGUUUUGCACAAUAUCUGCGAGAUAAACAAAGAGCAUUUCUUGCCUGACUGGAACAUUACAGAUGUUUUGCAAGAGCCAGAACAAGAUAUGUUUCAGGGGGUGGGAGGGCCUAAUUCACAAGCUAUUCGUGCAGCUAUAAUGACUCUCCUGUAAUCUUGGUACCAUGUUUAUAUGGCAUGAUGAAGCAUUGUUACCCUGAAGCUUUCCGUUGUUUACUUUUUUACUGUUUAUAUGUGUGUGAUAGGAUUGAUGUACAGAAUAAACAUGAUUGAGAACA